AUGGGUUGUGCUGCCAGCGUUCCUGAAAUGGACGAAAAUGAUCCAUUUAUUCAAGAUAAGAAAAUCAAUGAUGCAAUAGAACAAAGAUUACGAACAAGCAAGCAAAACGAGAAGAACCAGGUGAAGUUGCUACUAUUGGGGGCCGGAGAAAGUGGGAAGUCUACAGUUUUGAAACAGAUGAAGUUAUUACACAAGGGAGGAUUUACACAGCAGGAGAGAAUGCAGUAUGCACAGGUUAUAUGGGUAGAUGUGAUCCAGUCUAUGAAGAUAUUGAUUAUUCAAGCACGGAAGUUAGGAAUUCGAUUGGAAUGCGAUCAGGAUAAUAGUCCAUUGAUACCAUACAAGCAGAUAGUUUUGCGGGCAAAUGCCUUGGACCAAAUAGAUACAGGUGUCGCAGGCGGAACUAAUUUUUUAAAUGACUAUGUGCUAAAAUACAGUGAAGGGAAUAAGAACAAACGGAAACUAAGUAGUACUGGUGUGGUCAGCCUGUCUUUCUGGGAUGACGAAACUAUUGAAUCCCCAAGAAGAAAAGACUCGAAUGGAGUAGAAUAUUUUAACAACGGCUUUUCUGAAAUAUCAAUACACGGAAAUAAAGGUCAUGAGAAUUCAUUGAUGAGUUCGAGGAAACAGAUUGCUGAUGCAAUAAGUAAGCUAUGGGAAUUAGAUUCGGGAAUUCAAAAUUGCUUUGAUAGGUCCAAUGAAUUUCAGCUAGAAUCUAGUGCAGUUUACUACUUCGAAUGUAUCCAUAAAUUUGCUGAUCCUACAUACCUAUGUAAUGACAUGGACAUUUUGAAAGGGAGAAUCAAAACCACUGGCAUUACCGAAACCAAUUUUAAUAUCAAUUCUUUCAAGUUCAAAGUUUUAGAUGCGGGUGGUCAACGCCUGGAGCGUAAGAAAUGGAUUCAUUGCUUCGAUAACAUAACAGCGAUACUAUUUGUAUUAGCAAUAUCUGAGUAUGACCAGAUGCUAUUUGAAGAUGAAAAAGUUAACAGAAUGCACGAAUCAAUCAUUUUGUUUGAUUCACUCUGCAAUUCUAAAUGGUUCCUUAAUACCCCAUUCAUUUUGUUUUUGAACAAAAUUGACCUCUUUGAAUCAAAACUUUCAAAAUCUCCCUUGAGGAAGUAUUUCCCAGAUUAUACUGGAAAAGCAACUGAUUUGGAUGAGGCAGUUAAGUUUUUCGAAAAGAUUUUCUUGAACUUAAAUACCACGAAAAAGCCAAUUUAUGUUCAUAGGACUUGUGCUACUGAUUCAAAAUCAAUGAAGUUUGUUUUAUCUGCGGUUACAGAUUUAAUAGUUCAACAGAAUUUGAUGAAGAGUGGUAUAAUCUAA